AGCUUCUGCUGUUCGGAAACCAGCCUGCUGCGACCGCCGAAAUCACUGUCGAGCCACAGUGCGACAAAGAGCUGCUAAAGGUUUCGCAAAAGCUUUUGGACCGGGCUGAGUUGAGUAAGCGCGAUCUUCGUUCACUUGAGCAGAACCUGCAGAGCAAGCAAAACGUCGGAGCAGCAAUGACACAAAACACGCAGCAAGCAAAGUGUGAAUCGGUUGCACCAGACGAGUUUGUGGUAUCAAUGUCUCUGCGCCUGCAAGCACGACGCCGGCCUCCAAAACCAGGUCAGGAUCCUCAUCUGGUGACGAGAUCGACCGCGGGGAGAUCCAGAUACGAGAAGAAAAUGAAAAUCCGAAAGCCGCACCGGCGGAGCUAACAAAGUGCUCUGUUGUGGGGAGAGCAGCGGCAGAAAAGGCCUCUGUAGAAGUGGUGUGUGCGAUGGACUAUGAUGCGGCCGAUCCAGUUGUUCACCAACAAGCGGCCGACACUCCUAAGAACAGAACGAAGGUCCAUCCCCCAUGCGAGCAGUGUGGCCUUCCGAUUCCCAAGAAUUCGCUAAAGCGCCACAAACAGAAGCAGUGUGCAAAGCGUCGGGUUCCGUGUCCUCAUAGCGAAUGCGACAGGAUGGUAGUCGCCGAUAACUUGGACCAUCAUCUCGCCGCGGAGUGCGAAGCCCGAUCCGUGACUUGUUCGGUGUGCCAGGCCGAAGACAUCCCCUUCUGGCGCCUUCAGUUCCAUCAAGAGGAAAAGUGCGUCAUGCGGAUGGUGAAAUGCGAGCACUGUGACUGGACAGGACCUUUGUCAGUGAAACUCGGCACCCACGAUCUCGUGUGUCCGAUGGCUCCAUCCGAGUGUCCCGACUGCUUCGAGGUAAUGCCUCAGCACCUCAUGCCUUUGCACGUCUGUCAAAAGAUCGACGACCACGAAGACUGCCUGAUCUGUUUCAACAAAUAUUGGGACCUGUUCAGAGACUCCGAUGCUGUUGCUGCUGCAUCUAAUGCCAAGAAUGCUGGUUCUGUCGGUUCGAAAUCUGCGCGUCUCAUUAUGCCGGCUAUCCUCGUUCUGGGUGGCGACCGGCAUAACGCCAAGUGCCGCGUGCGGAACAUGUGCACGGAGUGCGCGACGAAGUGGACGACGGCUAGCGGCCUGCCGAAGUGCCCGUUCUGCAACCAAGAGUAUGAUGGCGCUUUGCCAUUGAGUCAGGAUCUGUUGCCUGCUGAAUUACUCAUAAACUGCCCCGAAGCGAGUGUCGAGUUACAAGCA